UACAAUCGGCAAACGUCCAAAUGCUCCGCCUACCCCGAUGCUUUAAAUCCGAACGGAUACUUGGAAUACAAGCCUAAUGUUGACAUUCUCUACAUCGAAAAAGUCUGCAUUUCGGAUCUUGUGCUUCCCUUGUCAUGUGAUGAAAUCUUUCGACGAAUUCCUCAACAUGUCCUGUUUGGUGCGGUUCUUUCAAAACGUUCUAGACCACAUGAAGACCAAGACUUCAUGCCAUUAUUUAUUUCUUUAUCUAAAUUUUUAGGCCACGCCUCUGAAAUCGUUACUGCUGCUAGUGAAGAGGAAUGCAUACGAGAGUGCAUUUUGGCAAAGGUUAAGCGGAAUAUCCAAUGUCGAUCACUUCUCCACUACUCGGACGUUCCAAGUUCAAAUUGUAUUUUGAACGUGCAAACUAGGCUUACGAGACCGGAGUAUUUCGUACCUGAGUUGGAUGAGAAGGUGGACUACGUGCAGAUUCCUGAAUGUGCGAAGAAAUUAGGAGGCCUUUCAAAUGGUGUAGGUUCUGUGGAGUCGGAGUGGACUGAGUGGACAAGCUGUGACCAAAAGACUAGCAUACGCAGGCGUGAGCGACUUUGUACAGAUUGCCUGGAGCGAGUACAAAUGCAACCAUGCUUUUCAAAUGAGAACUUCAGCAAUGCACUAGGCACAUUCAUAGAAGAACAGCAAGAACCGGCUGAACCUCCUCGUGCUCCACACUCAAGAACAUCUACAAAGAAUCAUUCCACACAUGUCAUACCAUUCCGUAGGUUUCUCUUGAUUUCAGUUUGUCUCUAUAUGAUUAUUUCUGCAUUUAGCUCUGAGCUCUUUGUCGUCGGAAAAUAACA